CUAGUGAGCUUAGUGCGCGUGUGUAAUACGCGCCGGGGGGUGGUUAGUCGAUGGUACUGUGCGAGAACGUGAAAAAUUGCAAUUAGAUCAAGUUUUUCUCGAUAUCUCUCGUCUGAUUUCCAUCCAGAGAAACGAUAUCCCGUGUACUUGUUUCUUGGCCAACGAUUGCCCGGUAAACAACGUCACGAUAAGGAGGAAGCUCGUGGGAACAGAUUACAGAACUGCAGCGUACGAUACGCACGCGGUAUAAAGAUGGUAAAAAUGGCGAAGGUGUUUCGCGCGGUGACAGUAUCGACUUUGUCAAACAAUGGACAGUCAACACCUAAAUACAACAAGCCGGUCACGCUUAAUAUCAAUUAUGAUCCUCAAGGUCUGAGCGUUGAGUUCUUUGCAGCAGACUCGACAGCCAGAGAUAAAACUACUUUACUGGAAUUUCCUGUAACACCGAGUACAGAAUGCUCUAGGGUAUCGUCGCGAAGUUACGUAUUCACGUUGGAUAUGGAUAGCUUACUGGUAACAUUCGCCAAUGAAACAGACUUUCAGCACUUUCACUCGCAAAUAUUGAAACUGAAAAAUGGCAAGGGCAUAUCCGCGUUCAACGAAAGAACCGAGGAAUCUUCGGCUAUGCAGUACUUUCAGUUUUAUGGCUAUCUCUCUCAGCAACAAAACAUGAUGCAAGAUUACAUUAGAACCAGUACAUACCAGAGAGCGAUUUUAGGAAACCUGUCCGAUUUCAAAGACAAAGUUGUGUUAGACGUAGGCGCAGGUUCUGGAAUAUUGUCGUUCUUCGCUGUUCAAGCAGGUGCAAAGAAAGUGUACGCGGUAGAAGCGAGUAACAUGGCGAAUCACGCAGAAUUAUUAGUUGCCGCAAAUAAUUUGUCGGAUAAGGUCGUCGUGAUAGCUGGCAAAAUAGAAGAAAUCGAGUUACCUGAACUAGUUGACUGCAUAGUGAGCGAACCCAUGGGUUACAUGUUGUACAAUGAAAGAAUGCUCGAGACUUACCUGCAUGCAAAAAAGUGGUUAGUUCCAGGUGGAAGAAUGUUUCCUUCGCGAGGCGAUCUUCACAUUGCACCGUUCUCCGAUGAAAACCUUUACAUGGAACAAUUUAAUAAAGCUAAUUUUUGGUAUCAGACCUGUUUCCACGGAGUGGAUCUCUCAGCGAUGAGAAAUAACGCAAUUAAGGAGUAUUUUAGGCAACCAAUCGUCGAUACCUUUGAUAUAAGAAUUUGUAUGGCUAAAUCUGUUAGACACAUAGUCGACUUCCAAACAGCUAAUGAGACUGACUUACAUAAAAUAGAAAUUGACGUCGAUUUUCACAUACUGGAAAGCGGCACUUGCCAUGGACUUGCAUUUUGGUUCGAUGUUGCAUUUAUCGGGUCGACGCAACAGGUUUGGUUGAGUACGGCUCCCACGGAACCCCUUACGCAUUGGUACCAAGUCCGCUGCCUUUUGGAAAACCCUUUAUUUUGUAAAAGUGGCCAACUGUUGUCUGGAAAAGUCAUUCUUAUCGCGAACAAAAGACAAUCUUAUGAUGUGACGAUAGAUUUGAAGCUGGAAGGAACAAACAUGGAGAGCAGUAGUAAUACUUUGGAUUUAAAAAAUCCGUACUUUAGAUAUACAGGCGCAGCUGCGCAACCUCCUCCAGGUUUAAAUAAUACCUCGCCAAGCGAGUCUUAUUGGACAACGUUGGACGCGCAGGGUGCCAGACAAGCGGUCAACAUGGUCAAUGGAAUGUCCGUCAACGGUUUGGGAGAAGUUUCCAUGGACGCAACCGCAGCAGUAAACACCGGCAAUCUGCUCGCGAUAGGAGGUCAGCCAAACAUUCAUCCCGGUUCGAUUUCAAGUACAGGACGAGGCCGAGUCGGUGGUACAGCGACGAGCACACAAGCAGCGCAAUUAAUAGGCGGUGGAAUCACUCCGAACAUGUUCACAUCUCCAGCCACGCUUGGUGUUACUUUCCAGCAAUCGCUGGUCCUUGGCAACACUUCGCAUUAUCCUGUGAAUCCCAGCUUGAUGAUCGGCGAUUACGUGACGCCUGGUAACGGCAUAUCGUCUCAAACGUAUCGACAAUGAUCGAUGGCGAAAUCAUUUUGCACCGAGUAUUCCUACGCAGUGAAACAGUCGAGCGAUCGUCAUAGCGUUAACGAUAGCGGGGACGCCGACAGCAACACUAAACAAAGCCGCAAGUUGGUGUUUAGUUCACCGGUGAGCAAAUUACGUCUUUCGUCCGCUGUUCGAAUUUUGCACGCAGUCAACAUGGCCAGUCUUAACUCGAGCAUCGGCCACACGAAUAACAACAACAACAACAACAACAACAACAACGACAACAACGGCAACUUUGCUUACUUGAACAAAGUCAUAGUUGGUUCUGGAGUCGGAUUUGGAUGGAACGCUAGAAGAAAUAAGUCGCAAUGGGAGGCACGUUGGAGGAGAGUGCGAACCGUCCUCUCGUAGUUGUCAUUCAUUUUUCGUAUACCGUGGCCCUUUAUUUAAUUGUCCCUUCGAAGAUUCGAUCUUCCAGAUUUCCCUCGAAGAUUCGAUCCAGAUGUGCAUGCUUGCCAAAUGUACCCGAGAAAAUAAUAUUUUUUAACGACAAUACAUUUUAACCGUGCGCAAACGUUCCACGCGACGCUAUUUUUCGGGGUCCUGAUAUAUCGUUUGUACAUCGAGGCUCAAUAACAAGAAGAGUUGAUCGUAGUGCAAUUCCUUUUCUUUUCUUUUCUUUUCUUUUAUCGCAUUUUAAACAUUCGUUUUUCCUCUGUUCUUUUUCGUUUCUUUCCGUUUAGUAUCGUACUCGAACGGUUUCCAUAAUCGAACACUGCGCGUCGGAUAUAAGCUACGAUGUAUAACCGACUUGGUUGAUUUUCGAUAUUGAGCGGUUUUUAUAUGACCUUUAGGAUAAUAAUGCAUAACGUUCCGAAUAUUUCGAGAAAAGUGCAAAAAGCAAUAAUUCGUUAGAGAUACGAUAUGGAGCACUCUGUGGCAUUGCCUGUCAUUUAUCUGUUCAAUUUACGUAGUGUAUUACAUUUAACGUAUCCUUUCUGUAUACUUCCCACUAAAACAUACGAGAAACAAGAAUCGAUUCUAUAGAAACCACGUAUACACUUUGGUACGUCCACAUUAACGUUUAUAUGUAUAAGUUUCUUAUCCCCGAUUAAGUGAUAUUUUCCUUAAACUAUUUAUAAUUUAUAGGAGAAAAAGAUUGUACAUAAUCCAACUGCUACGCAAAUCGAUCGAUGAAACGGUAUAAUUUACGUUAAAAGUAAAUAAAAAAAAGAAAAAAAAGAAAGAUAUAUAUUCCAAUACAAUUACGAUACAUUAAGUUACGAUUCGUAUCUAGCUGGUUUGCAAUGUACAGAUGUUAGAAUAGCGUGUACAGGCACAAUCUCAAAUUUGUGACGUUUCUAUUACAUAUCGGCCUUUGGUCAAUAGGAUUAAUUCUAUAGUUUUAAAGUACUUGGACUAUUAUAUUACAAUUCCACCGCCUAUUAUGUCCUUUACUGAUUAAUGAUUUCAUCGAGAUUCUACGCGUAACAAAAUUUUCCUCCGUAAUGGAAAGAAACGAAUGUUGGUUAUUUCUCGAUCGUUUCGAUCUUUCCAAGAUGAUUACAAAAAGAAAGAGGAAAUAUAAAUAAAUAAAUGAAGCCAUACAAAGAGUUAUUCCGCUUUGAAUUUACGAGUUGGUCAUAUAAAGAUUCGGUUACUUUAUUUCUCGAUCGCGAUAAAUUUUGUUACGUGAUGAAAUAGACUUAAGAUUUUUUAUAGCCUCAGAAUAAUUAACGACUUAUUUAAUUCUACCGGACGACUACGAAUGUAUUUCUACAUUAAACGUACAGGUAAUUUCUUGAUAAUGUGGCAUACAUUUCAAAGCUCGCGGAAAUACAGUCGAUACGAAUUUUUAAUGUGGUAGGACUCACACUGUCGAGUUGUGGAACAGAAAGCAAUUUCAAAAUUAAAACUUGACGCCGCUAUUUAAAAGCGUGACCACGGUUGUUUAUCCGUCUCGAACAAAUAUAAAAUUUUUACAAAUUGGCAAACCCUUUUUCCGUACGAUCCCAAAUCUACACGGUGCAGUUAGUUUUAUUGCAUACAUUUUUAUGGAUACGAACCAUCUUAUUAUCCGAGGGUUACCUGUAAUUAAAAUAAUUAUACAUAUGCUUAAUCUUUACAAGUCGGUUAUAUGUAUGGUUCAGAUCUCGGUAUAACGCUUAAGUCUCGUUAGUUCCUAAGGAGUGCUCUUUAUUUGUUACAUGCACAAACUUGCUUUCGUAUAAGCUGCCCCAUCUUGCGUACCUUAAAAACUAUUUUCAAGCUAAGAAACCAGUAGAUACACGCUGUUUUUGCAGCGAGUCGAAUCAUUUAAUUAAAAAGUAGCUGAUAGUAUUACGGUUAAAAUUCAUAAGAAUCAAGGGUGUAUCAUAUUUCUUACUCGAACGAUAGUUUCGUUGAUUUCUUCUCGGAAAGUCGGGUUUUGCCAUAUCCCUUUUCUCAUUACUUGUAUCAUAUUAUUUGUUCAGUGGAGUACAAUUAGAAAUGUAAAUAAUUCACGAACGUUCUUUGAGCUUUCCUUAAGAAGUGACGGUAGCUCUACGAAAAAGGCGCAUAUAUAAUUUUUUAACGUACGUGUUUAGCGUUUGAAAUCACUUUGACUGCAGGCAUUCCACAAGUGCUGAUAAUAUUGUACGAUUCGUUAUUGUAACAAGAAUAUGCUUCUUCCAGUGUCUCGUUUUUUCUCUCUUCAAGAAAAUGAGAACAUUAAAAGCAAUAUUUAGAAUCGAACGCCUAUAAAAGUAUUAGUUAACGCGUUUUUAGUUUCAAUAGGAGAGACAAAAGAUUGAGUAAAACUAAGCAUACAUUUUGAUAUUUUUCUAGAUAUUGCUUUCAGUGUCAGCAUGCGUACUUUCAGCGCGCGUAUACGUCUAUAUCUUCUUUCAUUUUAGAGAAUUUUAAUGACCGAAAGAUACAAAAUAUCUCAGGUAGUCAGACGUGAGUUCGAAGGAUGAUAUUUACACAUUUUUCGCCAUUUUUAAUUUGUACGUUCGUUUAUAGAAAAUUAUGAUUACACGUAAAGCUAAGUUGUUUAUUUUGUUCUCUUCAAGAUGGAUACUAUACUUCUCGUAGUAUUCAACUUAAUAAAUACCGUAUUGCUUUUAUCAAGACGAGAUACGUUUACAGUAAAAUAAAUAUAUACAUAUUAGUUCCCACGAUGAUUGUCAAAUGUUUGUGCGUUGAACGAUUUAUUGUUACUCGAUAAUAUGUCUCUUUCGAUACUGUAUUUGUGAAACCGCAACGUUUGAUACUGCGUGAAAGGUUAUCAGGAAAUCUAGCGAAUACUAAGUAUUAAUCCAUUGGCAGCUAGAAGUACGAUUAGAAGUUCGUUAUUCAAAUUUUGUUCAUCUCGAUUUAUUAACAACGUUCAUUAUGGUACUAUUUUUGUAAUAUUAAUCUGACGGUGAAACUAUCAUCGCGUAUUCGGAUACUUCUCGUUGCUAAUGCAUUACGAAUCUUUAUUUAUUUUUUGUUACGUGUCAGAAGCUUUGAGUAAUCGAAAUGUUUUUCAUUUCAAUAUCGGUGCGAGCUAUUGAUUUUAUUGCAAUAAAUCAAAAUAUUCAUUUGUUAUCCAUUCCGCAUACAAGAGCUUUGUACUUAUACUAUAACUAUUUAUCCACAAUCCUAUAGAUUUAACGAGUCUAACAAAUUUUCAUUUGAGCAUCAAAGAUUUCUCUUUUUUCUUUACUUUGCUUUUCUUUUCUUUUCUUUUCUUUUAUCGAAUUUACUUUUCCACGAGAUUAUUCACCAUCAUUUUAUAUUUACCACUAAGUCUAUAAUUCAUUGUAAUUCGUUAAGAACAAGUCAAUGGUACUUGUACAUAUAAGCUCAAAGUUGAAUUAUUUUCAAGAAACUGUCUUUCAAGCACGAUAAAGAAUCCACAUCAUCAUUUAUUUGUUUUAGAUUGAUUAAAAACAAACAGGGAAGUAAAAAGAGAUAAAUGAAUAUCACUUGAUUAAGAAGCUAGACAACGCUAGGAUCCCUGCUCUACAAGAGAACUGCUCAGCUUUCUAUAAUGCAUACAUUAAUGACGAAUUCAUGUAUGCCCUACUAACUCGUGAUAUAUACAUAUACAGUAUACUGUUUGCCUAUGUCUUUUUUAUGUAUAAUAUCUAUGUACAAAGAGAUCAUGUUUUACACGUACAACAAUGACAAACAAUUGCUUGUACACACGUUCGUGCAUUGUACUUGAACGAAACUUGAUUUAUUUUACAUUUAGUACAUCGACGAUUAUCCUGCAAUUAUUCUCAGGUGAAAAAUGCCAUAAAGUUCGAUAUACGAAUACGAUGUGGAUCGACUUUCCUGAACCGUAGGGAAAAAUAAAUCGGAUAGAAUAGAAUCACACUAAACAUUGAUAUGCGUUGUACAUUGAUACACUAUAGCAUUUGUAAGUUCCAUCUAACGAUACAUCGAGGAGGAAUUGUACGCAAACUGUACAGAGUGAGGCACCUAACGUUAUCGGCUGAAAAAUCUUUAUUUCUUUUUAUUUAAUAAUGGACAAGUGUUCAAGAAAGAAACUGUACCGUUCGAAAGGACGAAUGUCACGAUUGGGAUAUAGGUGUUUCAAGAUGCGAAAGGUCUCGCCGUCGACUAUAAUACAUAUUAUAGUAUAUAAAAAAAGAUCUGUAGUACUAUGUUGAAAGACGUGGAUAGCUUGGAAAUUUUGACGAAUUUCCUAGUCGCGAUGUUUGUCUCUUCAAACUGAACUAAAUUCUUCUCGAUACAUUAUUUUGUAUUGUUAAAAAUCAAGAAAGAGAGAUUGUCGGACGACAACGUUGAGUACUUUACUUUGAAUAACUGAUUGUGAGUAUCCAUUGAUGCGCAAAUUAAACGAGCAUUCAAAAGCCAAAACAAGCCAAAUCCAAAACUUGAAUUAUUUUAGUCAUCCAUCGAUCUGUAUUAAUAUUAUACAUAUAUUAAGUAGGAGAUUCGAGUAUCGGAACAAAUGAAAUUCAGUUUUGGUUUUAGUUAAAGAUAUUGUAUGAUUUUACAUUAAAACGUUAAUUUGAAUUUGUACCGUAUCGUUAUUUGUGUAUUACUUUUAUUUCAAGUUUUCUUCUCUUUUUUCUUUUAAUGAUUCAAUUGCAAUGAUAUAGUAUAACGAUUGCUAUAUUAAUUAAACUUCCUUCUGUUCUUAAUUCUUGUUAAUUAUUAUAUUAGAUAACCACGAAGAAACGUAAGUGUAAUGGAUGUAAGGUGACAUAAAAAAUUUCUUCUUAUUUAUGUACGCUUUCCUUAAGAUUUGGUCGAUCGAGAUAAGAAACGAGCACAGCGUUUCAGUAAUAAGCGUAACACGUUCAAACAAGUUUGCCUAGUGAUUGCAAUCUACUUAUUUGUAAAGUAUUGAAAUUUGUAUUCUGCCAACGUUUUUACAUACGAAAACAAAAACCAACAUCAUUCGAACUGUCUCAUUCUAAAUCUGAGACCAAGUUAUAAUAAACUUAUUUAUCUCGA